CAUCGAUGAGAAAAUUAGCAGAAUGUCGGCCAGAGUCUCCUUCCAACUUCUCGCCACUGGGCUUCCUCUCACUACCAUAUUUGUGAGUGGAAACGAAAGCGGAUGCUUCUCAUUUAUACAUCCGGUGAAAUAUCUGUCUCGUUGUUCUGUGGUUGGAAGGGGUUUGUUGCUGAAGAAGGAAAACAAUAUGGCGGCGGUGGAGCUAGAAUGGAUCCCUGAAACCCUGUACAACACUGCUAUAUCUGCAGUGGUGGACAACUACAGUCGAUCUCGAAGGGACAUACGCUCCCUUCCUGAAAAUAUACAGUUUGAUGUGUACUAUAAGCUAUACCAACAGGGCCAGCUCUGCCAGCUGGGAGAGGAGUUCUGUGAGCUGGAGGUUUUUGCCAAAGUUCUGCGAGCUUCUGACAAAAGGCACCUGCUGCACCACUGUUUCCAGGCACUGAUGGACCAUGGGGUGAAGGUGGCUUCCGUACUGGCCAACUCCUUCAGUCGCCGCUGCUCCUACAUCGCUGAGUCAGACGCCCACGUCAAAGAGAAGGCCAUUCAGUUCGGCUUCAUUUUAGGUGGCUUCCUGUCUGACGCAGGCUGGUACUGUGAUGCAGAGAAGGUGUUCCUGUCGUGCCUGCAGCUGUGUACGCUCCACGACGAGGUGCUGCACUGGUACCGAGCUGUGGAGUGCUGCGUCAGGCUGCUCCAUGUCCGUAAUGGGAACUGUAAGUACCACCAGGGAGAAGAGACGUUCAAGCUGGCCCAGUCCUACAUGGACAAACUAGCCAAACACGGCCACCAGGCCAACAAAGCGGCCCUGUAUGGAGAGCUGUGUGCCUUGCUCUUCGCUAAGAGUCACUACGAUGAGGCAUACAGCUGGUGCAUAGAGGCCAUGAAGGAGAUCACUGAGGGCCUGCCUGUCAAAGUGGUGGUGGACGUCCUCAGGCAAGCCUCCAAGGCCUGUGUUGUGAAGAGGGAGUUCAGGAAAGCCGAACAGUUGAUCAAACACUCCGUCUUUCUGGCACGGGAGCAUUUUGGACAUAAGCAUCCCAAAUACUCAGACGCUCUGCUAGACUAUGGCUUCUACCUACUGAACGUAGAUAACAUCUGCCAGUCAGUGGCCAUCUACCAGACGGCGCUGGACAUCAGGCAGUCUGUAUUCGGGGGGAAGAACAUCCACGUAGCGACGGCUCACGAGGACCUGGCCUACUCCUCCUACGUACACCAGUACAGUUCUGGGAAAUUUGACAACGCGCUAUUCCACGCAGAACGUGCCAUAGACAUCAUAACUCACAUUCUCCCUGAAGACCAUCUACUGCUGGCCUCGUCCAAGAGGGUCAAAGCUCUGAUCCUGGAGGAGAUAGCCAUCGACUGCCACAACAAGGAGACAGAGGAGCGCCUGCUGCAGGAGGCCUAUGACCUGCACCUGUCUUCUCUGCAGCUGGCCAAGAAGGCCUUCGGAGAGUUCAACGUCCAGACAGCCAAACACUACGGAAACCUGGGACGGCUCUACCAGUCCAUGAGGAAGUUCAAGGAGGCUGAAGAGAUGCACAUCAAAGCUAUCCAGAUCAAGGAACAGCUGCUGGGGCAGGAGGACUAUGAGGUGGCUCUGUCUGUGGGUCAUCUGGCCUCUCUCUAUAACUAUGACAUGAACCAGUAUGAAGACGCUGAGAGACUCUACCGACGAUCCAUCGCCAUCGGUAAGAAACUAUUCGGUGAGGGCUACAGCGGUCUGGAGUAUGACUACCGGGGUCUGAUCAAGCUCUACAACUCAGUAGGGAACUAUGAGAAGGUGUUUGAGUACCACAACGUUCUGUCUAACUGGAACCGACUCAGGGACAGGCAGUUUGCUGUGGCAGAUGCCCUGGAGGAUGUUAAUACUAGUCCCCAGCAGACACAGGAGGUGGUACAGGCCUUCCUACUGGCCCAGAGAUAUGGGCCCACACGACCCUGCCUGGGCUGAGACACACACACACACACACAGCAAGGAGCAUCCAGGAUGGGACUGGUUCACCAACCCCCUCACACCAAUCCAAUCCAAGGAGCUAACUAUUUAUUUGACUUUAAGAAGAGAACAGAGAUUUUCAAAAAAUACUUGUGUUUCUUCAUGGAAAUCUCACAAACCCUUUUUUAGUUACAUUUUUUUCUUUGCCUUUUUUUUUUUUUUCUUUGGGUUUUGACGACUUCUUUUGUAUCUGAACCAGUGUAGCUCUGACCACCACGAGAAUUCACUGUGUCUCGCUCUCUCUCUCUCUGUUGGAGACAUGGAAUACCCUACGGUGUUAUUUUGCCCCCACAGCCCCCCUCGUCGUAGUCACUCAACGGCCACGGGGACCACACACCAGUGACUGGGGAUGCGUCCCCAAAUGGCACCCUAUUUCCUACGUAGUGGGAACAGCGGGAGUAUUUCCAAUGGGCCCUGGUUAAAAAGUAGUACAUUUUAUAUAGGGAAUAGUGUGCCAUUUAGGAUACAGACUGAGAAAUGUUUCUACCAACGUCCCUCCCCAGGUGUCACCACAAAGGAGGGCAAUUUUAAACAAAAUGUGCAAUGAUUUAUAUAUACACUAGAUGACUGUGCUGUGUUGAAGCCACGUGCCUCCAAUUUGGCACUCCCCAACCGUUGUAAGAAAAUAUAUUUAGGAAGUUAUAGAAAUGCAUUUAGUUAAUGUCUACAUUAGUUUUUGCCACGUUUAUUAUAUUAUAGACCCCUUAAUGCAUACUUUUAGAUUAGAUUAUGUGAGCUAAAUAUACAAAUGUACAAAUAAAACAUUUUCCUCAAAGU